GCUUUCUAGUCGGGCAACCAAUAUUUUGAAGAAAGGGCGCCCCAAACUUGCUGCACCUACUUCUGCAAACAUACCUCAGGUACCUUAGGUCCAUACUAAAUAUUUCCCCGGGAUUAUUCUUUUCAUUCUUCUUCUUCUUCUAAAUCACUAGAACUAGGUUUAGUCGCCGACAUCACCAACCAUUUCCAAAUAUUCACCACCUUCUUUCUAUACCGCUUCUCACCUCAAGAUCGACAGCCCUGACAACCUACCUGAAUUCUACCCCGCCCCCACGACGACCCACCCGGCUUGCUGGCGCUUGUACGGGCUCCGCGCCGCUGGUACGAGCCAGACCGCCGGCUGUAGUUGUGCUUGUUCCCGUCCUACUGCCCUGUUACACUCAACACCCCGACCGACCUCGGAAGCUUCUUUUUUCCCCUUUAGCACUUGCACACGGGGCGCCGAUGGAGGGCGAGGUCAUGCAGGCCCCUGAUUGUGCAGACGAUGUGCUCUCGUACAUAAGUCCAACCGGGUACAGCAAUGCAUCAGACUGUGGAUAUUGUCAUGGACAAAACUAUCCCAAGAAGCGAUACUCGUAUUAUGCAAUCGCCACCGACUUGGCUCCAGCGUUCUACAAGAACCUUGUUGAUCGUUGUUGGAGGCGUUCCGGGACGCUUUUAUAUCGACCCAACCAGAGGCUAGCAUGUUGUCCACAUUAUACACUACGUCUUGACGCCUAUGAAUGCAAGCCGACCAAGGAUCAGCGUCAGGCAGUCAACCGUUUCAACCGCUACGUCCUCGGCGACGCCUACGUCAAAGAGUUAGCGCGCCUGCAUCCUCGAUCUCGCGAGGAUGUCAAAAAGCGUGAUACUGUCUUCAACCUCGUAGAGCGGAUACACGAGGCUGAGCUCGACACUUUACCUUCAGGUCCCACUCCUGCACACAGCUUUACUGUAACACUUGAAACUGACGAGUUCACGGAGGAAAAGUAUGCUGUUUUCGAGAACUAUCAGCAGGUCGUGCACAAUGAACCUUCGCAUAGGGUCAGUCGCACCGGCUUUAAAAGAUUUCUCUGUAACUCGCCCGUGCAGCGAACCACCGUGACGACUGCUGAAGGCUAUAUGCGUAAGCUGGGAUCCUACCAUCAGUGUUACCGACUGGACGGGAAGCUUGUUGCGAUCGGGGUUCUGGAUCUCCUCCCCGACUGCGUCAGCGCUGUAUACUUUUUAUACCACGAGUCGAUCCACAAGCACAGUCCUGGGAAGCUAGGCGCCCUGCGAGAGAUCGCCAUGGCCAUCGAGGGCGGAUACCGCUAUUGGUAUUCAGGCUACUACAUACACACAUGCCCAAAGAUGCAGUAUAAAAACGAUUACUCGCCUCAGUACAUCCUCGACCCGCAAACUCUGUCUUGGCAUCACCUGGGUGAGAGCGAGAUGCGUAUAUUCGAUAGCAAUGGCUAUGCAAGAUUCUCCAGGCUGGAACAGACAAGUGGCGAAGAGAAAGGAACGUCAGCGGAUAACAAGAUACCUGAGGGUGACCCAAGAAAAGAUGACGAAGGUGAUGCCACCACAGACGAAGAUGAUUCCAUGUAUGAAUUCCUCUUGAGGAGUGACAUGCCAGGUAUCCCCACACUGGAGGAAAUGGUGUCGCUGGACAUGGAAAACAUCGCCAUUGCUGUCAACGGAUACGAUCAGCUGUUCAAGGCAUCUAACCUUGCAGUUUGGGCAAAACAGAGCGUCCUUGACUUUCCAGGACUGAAGUCCAAGAUAGCAGAGCUGGUGGCAGCCGUCGGCCCCGACUUGAUGGACAAAUUCUGCGUUGACUUUCGGAGGCGGCAGCCAUCCUGAAGCCAGUGGUGUAGAUUAACGGCUCAGGACUGCGGCCGCGGCUCGUUGCAAAAAAAAUUGAGUCCUGGCCAAGCUUCCUCCAUCACGGACACUGAAAAGCUACAUGGGAAUAUGAAAGAAGCUUUAUGAAGAGAUUUAUUACAUGGGUAUUUCUAUGCAGUGUCUUAGAGCUAAAACUGAGAUUAGAACAGAGUAUGGCAGGUUCAAGCGACAGCGAUUCUUUUCUGACCCAAAAUUGGUCUCCCUCACCACUCCAGUGACCUCUUGUCUCUACUUCGU